CAAAAGGCUUAUCACAGUAUUAUAAGAAUGAGCAGAUAGGUAGCAUGGUAUUGAGUGAACAUAAUUUAGUGAAACUUGAGUUUCUCAUAAAUAUACCUUCUAUUUAUUACCUCUAUUUCCAAACCAUGCAUUUUUUGCUUUACAAUUUCCAUCUUUUUAUUUAUGCUUUGCUUUUCAUAGGCUCUGUUUUAGAAUUGGAAUCCGCAUCGUCUACACCAUCGCAGCUUCAGUUGGAAGCAAACGCUAUAAUCAAUAGUGGAUGGUGGAAUUUGUCGCACUCAGAUUCAAAUCAUAUCUGUUCAUGGAUUGGUAUACAUUGCAAUGAUGCUGGAAGUGUAACUCGUAUCACAUAUAUGUAUCAUGAAGGGCCUAUUCAAUUGGCAACACUAAACCUCUCUGCUUUCAAGAACUUGGAACAUCUUGAGGUCGUCGAAUCUAGUCUAAACGGGACUAUUCCAUAUGAAAUUGGAAAUCUUUCAAAACUCACUUAUCUUGAUUUAUCCCACAAUUCUUUUCAAGAUAAAAUACCUCCAUCACUAGGAAAUCUUUCAAAACUCACUUAUCUUGAUUUAUCCCACAAUUCUCUUCAAGGUAAAAUACCUCCAUCACUAGGAAAUCUUUCAGAACUCACUGAUCUUGAUUUAUCCCACAAUUCUCUUCAAGGUCAAAUACCUUCAUCACUUGGAAAUCUUUCAAAACUCACUUAUCUUGAUUUAUCCCACAAUUCUUUUCAAGAUAAAAUACCUCCAUCACUAGGAAAUCUUUCAAAACUCACUUAUCUUGAUUUAUCCCACAAUUCUCUUCAAGGUAAAAUACCUCCAUCACUAGGAAAUCUUUCAGAACUCACUGAUCUUGAUUUAUCCCACAAUUCUCUUCAAGGUCAAAUACCUUCAUCACUAGGAUUUCUAACCAAUCUAUUGACCCUAAUAAUCUCUAACAACAAAAUCAAUGGAACCUUUCCCAUUUCACUUUCAAACAUCAUGCACCUUCAAAAUAUUGACAUUUCACACAAUCUACUAACCGGUUCCCUUGAACCUUUCUUAGUUGGACAUUUUCCAUUCUUGUAUGGUCUGGAUCUAAGCUACAAUUGUCUUUCCGGAGCGAUUCCUAUGCCUCUUGAUAGUAUCUAUGACAUGAACCUUUCCUUCAAUAAUUUGAGUGGUCCUAUUCCAAGUGGUGUAAAUCCAUAUGCGCUAAUUGGGAACAAGGAUGUAUGCAGCACCAAUACAAAUAUACAAAUGGAAUACCAAUUUCAGCCUUGUUCAGUCAACCAGAAGAAACGAAGGCAGCUGGUCAUAAUUCUUUCCAUCACCAUAUUUCUAAUCAUGGCCUUCUUACUACUUUUAUAUCUGAGGUACAGCCGCAUUGCAAUCAAGAAAAAACAAGCAAAGAUAACUGAAACAUCUAAGAAUGGGGACAUGUUCUGCAUAUGGAACUACGACGGAAGCAUAGCCUACGAAGACAUCAUUACAGUAACUGAAGACUUUGAUCUUAAAUAUUGUAUCGGAACAGGUGCGUAUGGAAGUGUCUACAAGGCUCAAUUACCAAGUGGAAAGAUUGUUGCGGUGAAGAAACUCCAUGGCUUUGAAUCAGAGGUCCCCACUUUUGAUGAGAGUUUCAGAAACGAAGCCAAAGUAUUAUCGGAAAUAAAGCACCGACAUAUAGUCAAGCUCCAUGGAUUCUGCUUGCACAAAAGAAUAAUGUUUUUGAUUUAUGAGUACAUGGAGAAAGGAAGCUUGCUUUCUGUGUUGCUUUAUGACAUGGAAGCAAUAGAAUUUGACUGGAAAAAGAGGGUUAACACAGUGAAAGGAACUGCACAUGCUCUCUCAUAUCUCCAUCAUGAUUGUGUCCCUCCAAUAGUGCAUAGAGACAUAUCAGCAAGCAACGUCUUGCUUAACUCCAAGUGGGAGCCCAUUGUUUCCGACUUUGGCACUGCCCGAUUUCUAAACUUUGAUUCAUCCAAUCGAACUAUAGUUGCUGGAACCAUUGGAUACAUAGCACCUGAGCUUGCGUAUACAAUGGUUGUGAAUGAAAAGUGUGAUGUGUAUAGCUUCGGAGUGGUGGCAUUGGAGACUUUGAUGGGAAAACAUCCUAAGGAAAUACUCUUAUCACUUCAAUCAACUUCUACUCACGAUGACAUCAAAUUAUGUGAAAUAUUGGAUCAACGCCUCCCACACCCAACAUUUUCAAUUUUACAAGACAUAGUUGUUGUUGCCAUUGUGACUCUUGCAUGCUUAAAUCCCAACCCUUGCUCUCGUCCAACAAUGAAACACAUCUCUCAAUGUUUCCUUAGUCAGUUCACACCACUAAGCAUUCCUUUACAUCAUAUUUCGUUGCAACAACUCAUGAGUCAAGAACUCAGACACUCCUUGAAAUUGUGAACUAUCUGAAAUUGUUGAGCAAAAUUUUAGAUUGUAAC